CGCAGGGGGCGUGUCUAACUUCCGCUGCUCUGACCCGAGGACUAGCGGAUCCGGACCGGUUACGACCCGGUUUAAGGUCUCGUCGCAGAAUCAGUCCGGCUCCGAGUUCAAACAUGUCCCGGGUUCUGAUCGUCGGUGCGGGGCUGACAGGCAGCCUCUGCGCAUGUCUGCUGAGGAGAGAGCUGCAGAACAAAGUUCAGAUAGAGGUGUGGGACAAAGCGAGGGGCUCCGGGGGCAGGAUGUCUACCACUCGUCCUCCUGACUCCUCGUCUCACUCAGCUGAUCUCGGAGCCCAGUACAUCACGUCCACGUCUUCUUAUGCUCAGUCGCACCAAAGGUUCUACUCCGAGCUGCUCUCUGCAGGCGUCCUGCAGCCUCUGGACUCUUUGGUUGAAGGACUAAAGCACAGAGACGGGGACGAGAACUACAUGACGCCCCAGGGCAUGAGCAGCGUGGUGAAGCACUUCCUGUCCCAGUCAGGAGCUGACCUGUUCUUGGAGCGCCACGUCACCGGUCUGUACCGCCGUGGUGCAUCAUGGGAGGUGCAGAGGAAGGUAGGAGGCAGUGAGAUGUUUGAUGCUGUCGUCCUGACGAUGCCGGCCCCUCAGAUCCUCCAACUGCAGGGAGACGUGGGACAAAUGCUGUCUGUCUCUCAGAAGCAGCAGUUGGAGGAUGUUGAGUUCUCGUCUCGUUUUGCCGUCGCUCUUUUCUUUCCUCCGGACGUCGUCUUCUCUUUUCCGUGGUCGGCGAGAUACGUUUCAGAUAGCAGCAUCAUCCGCUACAUCGCCGCUGACUCCCGGAAACGCAACGCAGACGUCCUGGGUCGAGGUCCGUCCCUCGUGGUCCACACCAGUGUCCCGUUUGGCCUGAAGCACCUGGAGGAAGACAAGGAGGCCGUCCAGCCAAUCAUCCUACAGGAGCUCCACAAGUUGCUUCCUGGUUUGCCUGAGCCAAUCAGCAUCAAGUGUCAGAAGUGGAGGUACUCCCAGGUGCUGACCUCUGUGCCGGACAGCCCGGGUCACAUGACCCUCCUCCAGAGGCCGCCGCUCCUCUGCGCCGGAGACUCCUUCGUCCACUCCAACUUCUCCGGCUGCGUGGAGUCGGCUCUGAGCGCGCUCAGUGCGCUGAAGGCUUCGCUGUGAUUAUUACGUCAUUGUGUAAUUGUUGCAGUGACAGGCUCUAUAUGAAUAAAUGUCAAUUCGUCAUUG